UUCAAUAUGUACUGUCAAAAUAAAAUUAUAAACAAGUAAGAAGUGAAUUAAAAAAGGUCCCAGCAAUGUGAAUUUAUAUCAUUUAACGCAAUUUCAUCAAGAAUAAAGGAGCAGUUGGUUUAACAAAUUAUCGGAACUCACUGUAAGUGUGAACUUCGAAACUUAAGGUCAUAGGAAAAUGUAAAAACUUCUUUAACAAAUUAUGGAAACUCCUAAAUCUUACAUUUGCUCUGCAUGCUGUAAGAAAUUCACACUCCAUUCAACGUUCACUAAGCAUGUAAGGAAGUUGCAUCAAUCAGAUGUAGAAACAUUAGCUCCUUACAAAUAUAAGAAAAAGGAAAACUACAAAUACAACUGUGACAAAUGUGGAAAGAACUUCAAUAAAAAGUAUCAUUGGACAUACCACAUGAGAAAGGUACACAAGUCAGAUUUAGAUACACAGUAUGAAAAAAAAUCCCAGGAGAAAAAAUGUCCUCUAUGCACUUAUGAAUCUUCAAAAAGAGAAGUGCUUUUGACACAUUUUGAAGUUGAACAUCAAAUCAGUAUAAUAUCAUUGGAAAUCAAAUUUCCUACAUAUGAAAAAUUUGUGGAAUGGAAGGAUGGCUAUCAAGAAAGAACAGUAUCAUCUUUUAUUGUGCGUGAAACCAAAAAAAGAAAGGACAAGCAGUUUAAAUUGUAUACCUGCCAUCGUUCUGGUUUUUUUGCACCCACAGGCACUGGUAAAAGAAGCCUAAAAUUGACAGGAAGUCACAAAAUAAAUGGUUACUGUCCAGCACAAAUUGAAGUAUACAUAUCUGAAAGUGGAGAUGUUGCAGCAAAAGUAAUAGAAACUCAUGUAGGUCACAAAAAUGACAUUCAACAUUUGAACUUAUCUGUUAAAGAAAAACAGUGGUUAGCUAAUAAGUUAGCUGCAGAUAUGUCUUUUGAAGAUAUUAUGAAUGAAGUAGAUAAAACCAUAGGUGAUCAUAAUUAUUUGAGACGAAUUAAUUUACUUACAAAAAAGGAUCUGUAUAACAUAAGGAAACAUUACUUAAAAGAAGUUGAAAUAUCUGAAGUUGCUAGCAGUACAGAAGAUGAGUCUAAUGAUCAUAAUAGCAAUGAUGGUAUGAUCAUUGAAAAUAGUGAUUCAAAAGCAGAUGUUGUGAGUUACAUUGUUCAGGAAGGUUUAGUCCCUGUAGUAACCAACGACUUUGAGCAGCAGAAAAAGUCAUUGAUAGAAGAAUUUACAAUAAUUGUUGAGGGCUUACAGUCUCCAUCUGAUCUUCAAACUUUACAGGACACACUUCAAAAAGGAGGAUUGUGCCAGCCAGAAACAAUUCAUUCUACUAGUGAGGAAGAAAAAACAAACUCUGGAUCUGUAGUAUACAAUGAAGUAGUGUAUAUUUUACAUAUUCAGGAAUAG